AUGCAUGAGAAUGGUGUUGUUGCCUCACAACUACAACCAUUAACAAAACGAACGGAAAUGGAGCACCGACUUCAAAACAAACAUUUAUUAUUAUUUGACAAUAGUUUAGUGGUGCGAGAGUUUGAUUAUAUUACAGAAUUUCUUUUUGAUGGUGUGGAAAUAUUUAAAAAGUCUAAAUUGGAUUUAAAAAAUUGUAUUAUGAUUUGUUUGAUUUUCCUUCUUUGUGGUGUUAUAUUCCCAUAUGGUGUUGAAGGUAGUACAUAUAGAUGCCCAAAUGGAUUUUCUCAAUAUUACGUUCUUCUUUCAUACUCUAAUACAAAUGCACUUCCAUCAACUUGUAAGAUUUGUGAUCAAAGUUUAUACACAUGUUCAGGCAGCAAUAAUUGGAAUGAUGGAGAAAUUACAUUUUCAAAUCCAAUUCAAUCAUCAAAUAAGCUUUAUUCCAUGCAUGGAGUAGUUUAUUAUCAGUAUGAUAAAUGCAAACUGAAUGAUGUUUCCCAAACUGGAAAUAUGACAAUUAGUUUGAAUAAUUACGAUAUGACAGACACAAACGUUGUAUCAGGAGGAUGUUCUUGUGGAGGAUGUUCACAAUUUUCAUUUUUAUCGAGAAAGUAUGAUAUUUUGAAUCAACUUACAAAAUCAUCAACAACAAUAUUUAAACCAAAUUACAUUAGUGCUGGAGGUAAUAUUUGUAUAACAGAAAUAUUAUUGAAUUACUGUUAUGUUAGUAAUAAUGUAAAUAUAACAAAUUAUGCCAUAUCUUCAAGAAAUGGUAGUAAUUGGAAUAUUGAUGUAACACUUGCCACAAAGGAUAUAUAUUUCUUUGAUUUACUAGUAGCAAAUAAUGGACCAGAUUCUACGUCUAGUUUUACUUUUAAUUUUCAAUUUUCUUCAUUAUCUCAUUUGACAUUACAAAAUCUUUCAAUUAUAUUUCCUUAUGAAUAUACAUUUUUGUCAAAUAGCUCAUGUACAUAUAACAAUGGGUUUUUAAAAUGUCCUGUUUAUCCUACUUAUUGCAUUAAAAGCAAUUUAGUUUAUUCAUGCACAUUUGAUAAUAUUAUAAUAGAUUCUUAUUACGACGAUAAUAAUAAUAGAACUAUUAAUGUUACUGUUUCUCCUUCAUAUUUGAGUUACCUUUACUUGAGGAUGUAUUUCACAAUUGAUAAUACCACUGUUUCCUCAACAACUUUGAGUUAUUCACUGAGCCCUCACACUGCUUCUCAGUCUAUUGAUACUUCUACUUCAUUAUCUGGAUCAGUUUCUCUAAAUAUUUUUUCAAAUGCUAUUACUAGAGUAUUAACACUUGGUUCUAAUCUUGCCGAUAGAAUAUCCCACUACUCUCUAGAUAGUUACAAGUUCAAAAUAACAAUAUCACCAUCUGAUGUAGAUACUUUUUCAAAUCCUAUAGUAAUGAUAAACUAUCUAUUUUCAGACAAGAUAGGAUUUAAUAUCAAGAUAUCAAACAAUGGUCAAGAUUUAUAUAGUAGAAAGGUAUUACCUGAGGAGUUGAUUGUAGUUUCAGCUCAAUACCAAUAUACUCUUUCAAUCCCAUAUUUCUCCUCUAAAUUUGAAUCGAGUAUAUCUAACACAUUCUCAAUUGUGUUUACCUCCUUUUCCCAGACAAGUGAUAGUAUAUCCUACACAGUAUAUUCAAAGAUUACCAAUAUGAUUAACACUGCCAUUAACAGUGACCAAAUUGUGGAUUCAGAUUUGCAGCUCUAUCAAUGGCGUUAUUAUUACGUUACUUCAUAUUCUGAUAGUGCCAUUCUGAAUGUUUUAUUUGAAACUACAGACAUUUACGCAAACUCUGUCAACAUUUUGAUUUCAUCUGCCCAAAGUAGCUCUUCUCAAACACCAAAUUAUCCUUAUGAUUGGCAAAUGACAAAAUUACCAUCUUCAUCCUAUUUUACACUUCCUACAUCCUUUAAAUUGGAUACAGAAAAGAAGAAUGCUUGGUUGUACAAGGAUGUGUCGAACACAAAACAAGCUUACUACAUAGCUGUCUACGGAAAGGCUUGUCCAUUUAAGUGUUACUACAAGGUCAGAUCCUAUUUGACUGAUGAUGAAAGAAUUCUCUUAAGUUAUGGAAAUACACAGUAUUCAGUCACAUAUGUUAAGAAGGAGCCAAACACUAUUCAUUAUUCAACAAAACUCAAAAUUGAAAGAGCUUCCAAUAGUACAAAAUUUUUGGGCAAUCUUUUAAGAUACUCCUUUAAAUUACUCGACCAUGUCCCAAUUACUUCCAUGGAAGUAUAUAUUAGAAAGAGCUUAUUUCCAAGUACCCAGCUCUAUGAUUUCAAGCAAACAGGAGACUGUUAUGAGAUUAGUGGCCAUAUUGAGCUUGUCAACACAAUAUAUGAGUAUGAGUGGUAUUUUGGAUUUAUUUACAAAGUUGAAAAAGAUGAUGUAGAAUAUACAUCAAGUGUCAAAGUUGAUUUCUGGAUAGAUACCCCUCAAAUCUACACUGACACCUUGAAUUCAAAGAUGUACUCUUCUGAUUUUGAUUUAUUGAGCACAGGAGCCAAAAUAUCAAGCUCAGAUUAUAUUCUUCCAUAUCAUGUCAUCCAUACUUCUGUAGUUUUGAUUAGAAACACCUCAGAUAAUCCAUUAUUAUUUUAUUCAAAAGUUGGAGAAGCUCCCUAUACUGAUGACUACGAUACAUCCUUUGACAAUUCCUUCAAUUUUCCCAAUUCAACAUUCUAUACAGACAUGCUUCUUACAUUGAAUUAUGUAGCCAGCACGAAUAAUGGAGGAACUCACAUAAUUUAUAGAAGGGAACCUUAUGUUAUUCCAAAUAUAGUAGGAUACAAUGAAACAGCUAUUAAUUUCAUUGAGGAAGGUAAUUUGGUUGCCGAUGCAUUUUCCAAUCUACUUAUCACUGUACCUCAAUAUAACUAUUAUACUAGUUCAUUGGAUAGAAUUAUUUAUCAGUCGAUUUAUGAAGGGAAUAAUACCAGGAAUACAUGUAAUUCAACAUACAUUGAUCUCACAGUUGUUUCAUAUAACUCCUUCCCAUCAGUAGUUAGUCUAACCAAACGUUAUGAUGGAUUAAAUCCGGUUUUGCUAGUUGGUAACGAUAAUUCUACAGGAGUUAAUGGUACUACUGAUUCAAUAUUACAAAUCUCCAAGUCCUUAAGCUCAACCAAAAAGAGAAAGAGAGGAAUUCCAUUCUUUUUCUCUUUUGACCUUGAUGAAAUUUUGAGAGCUUUUUAUAAGAACUUUAGUGAAAAAGCCGCAGAAAAUGAAGGCUUAAUUAAGGAAACAACUUUGAAUCCAAAUGAUUACUUGGCCACAACUAACUUCCGUAUUGAACUUACCUUUUGGGAUAUAACUAAUUUAACAAACUUUGACCAUCUCUCUUUGACAUGUGCUUUCGAAAAAUUAUCUGUGGAGAAUGUUGAUGAAAUACUACCAAAAGAUUCAAAAUUAGAAAAGGAAGUAUACAAAUACUCUAAAUCAGCCACAGAGUCUGCCUCACUCUUUAUGAUCAAAUACUCCUUAACAUUCCCAUUGAAUUCUAUUCAUAACUAUUCUUCUUAUAACAAUAUUUCAGGAUUGGCAGCAAACCAAAAGUCAGUCAAUAGCUCUUUGUAUUUGGCUGUGUGGAAUCAAGAUGAGAGUUAUCAUCACGAAAUUAUAUCUUUUAUUGUGGCUGAUGGUAAAAUUUCAAAUGAGCUUACAUUCCUUCCAUUUACUACCUAUGCUCUUAUUUCAAUAACUGCUUUGGUUUGUUUUGUUGCCAUCAUUCUAAUGAUUGGAUUUUCUUGCAAGUUUUAUGAAAAGAUUAAGAAGAGGAAACUCACAACAUUUGAAACACUUCGAGACAAUGAUCCAUUUUGUUUUGGACUUACAUUUUGGUUCAGCUUGUUUGGAUCCAGAACCAAGAGUAGAAGAGCAAGACAACUUCAAAUUCUUAUACCAGCUCUAAUUUUACUCUUUAUUGCUGUUGUAUCGGUUGUAACUUUCCUUGUGUUGGCAUUGAGUUAUAGUGAUCACUUGGUUUGUUGCUCACAGGCAGGUGAUGUUAUCUAUCAAUUCAAUCAAAACAAUUAUUAUCCUCAAACAUCAGAAUAUUCAGCUGAAUUUGAUAAGUAUGGUCUUUAUGCCUUAGGAUCCGCCUCAACAAAAUGUUUCAUUUCCUCAAAUUAUUAUGACAUUUCACAAGUGCAACAAUCUAACAAACGUAUCACUCCUGCUCCAAAACCUUUCUUUGUUAUUCCAAUCCUUGACAAACCUUCCAAAGGUAUUAAUAAUGCUGUUAUUUUGUGCCCUAGGAGUGAAUUCAAAUCGGUAGUUAUCAGAGGUUCAGACAUCUUUGGUAUGGUAGGAACGUUGCUGUGUGGAACCCUCAUUCUACUUUCAUUCUCUCUCUUCUCCAUUCUUUUCAUUGAAAUUGUUUUGAGCUCAUGGUUUUUGGAAACUGUUCUCUUCCCAAAGCUCUCCUACAGAAUACUAAACGAGUAGUGAGUGAAAAUUACUGAUUCUCCCUGCAAUAAAAGAUUGUUUACUUAGA